AUGAAGUGCUUAGCUUCUCUCGUUGCCCUCGUCUCGGCCGUAGCCGCCGUCCCGACCGCGACAUCCAGGGACACCGCCACUGGCACACUCACUGCACGCCAGGCUGCCGGUUCUUGCUCUGGAGACCUCACCAAGUUCAAGUACUUCGGUGUCAGUGAAAGUGGUGCUGAGUUCGGAAAUGCCAACAUCCCUGGAACUUUGGGCACGGAUUACACCUGGCCAAGCCCGAGUAGCAUCGACUACUUCGUCGGGUUAGGGUUCAACACGUUCCGCAUCCCGUUCUUGCUUGAGCGCCUUGCGCCACCCGCAACGGGCAUCGCAGGUCCUUUCGAUCAGACCUACCUCUCGGGGCUCAAGACGAUUGUGAGCUACGUUACAGGCAAGGGGGCAUAUGCGCUCAUCGACCCGCACAACUUCAUGAUCUAUAACGGCGCUCAAAUCUCGAGCACGAGCGACUUCCAGACGCUGUGGAAGAACUUGGCCGGAGAGUUUGUCGAUGACGCCAACGUCAUGUUCGACUUGAUGAACGAGCCGCACGACAUCGACGCAACAACUGUCGCGUCGCUGAUGCAGGCUGGUAUCAAUGGUGUUCGUGCUUCUGGUGCGACCCAACAGAUCAUGGUUGAGGGGACCUCUUGGACUGGCGCAUGGACCUGGACCACUUCUGGCAACUCGGAUGCAUUCACAACCUCUGCUAUCCAGGACCCCUUGAACAACACCGCAAUUGAGAUGCACCAGUACCUUGAUUCGGACGGUUCCGGCACGAAUGAGGUCUGCGUAUCCAGCACUAUCGGCGCCGAACGUCUUGCCGCCGCAACGACAUGGCUGCAGUCGAGCGGCUUCAAAGGGUUCCUGGGCGAGAUCGGCGCUGGUUCAAACAGCGAUUGCAUUGAGGCCGUCUACGGCGCCCUAUGCUCGAUGCAGCAAGCCGGCGGGGUUUGGCUCGGCGCAGCUUGGUGGGCAGCGGGUCCCUGGUGGGGUGACUACUUCAUGUCUAUCGAGCCGCCGAGCGGCACAAGUAUCUCGGAGGUCCUGCCGCAGGCACUCGAACCCUUCCUGUAA